AGAUACGGCUGCAAUGAUCAUAGAGUUGUGUGGUGACGUUUCUACAGAGGUGUUUGUGAUUGUUGCAAUGGCGUCAAUCGGAGAAGUGGAGAAACCUAAUCUGGAGCAGCCGGCCGGGGAGGCUCAAGCGGCGGCGAAGCCUGUUAAGGAGAAGAAGGUCAGGGUUCCGAAAGAGAAAAAGGCUAAAGCCGCCAAAACUGCGACUCAUCCUCCUUACUUUCAGAUGAUCAAGGAGGCUCUGUCGGCUCUGAACGAAAAGAACGGCUCGAGUCCAUACGCGAUCGCGAAGCACAUGGAGGAGAAGCACAAGGGCGAACUGCCGGCGAAUUUCCGGAAGAUUCUGGGCCUGCAACUGAAGAACAGCGCCGCUAAGGGCAAACUGAUCAAAAUCAAGGCUUCCUACAAGCUAUCCGAGGCGGGUAAGAAGAACAAAACGGCAGCGAAGAAGCCGAAAUCGAGCAGUGCCGCCGCGGCGCCCAAAGCGGUUGAGGAAGCGAAGGCGGCGGCGGUGAAGAAGGGUGGUAUCCAGAAGAAAGUUACGGCUAAGAGGAGCAAGAAAUCUACUCCGACGAAGCCGAAGCAGCCCAAGUCUAUCAAGUCUCCGGCGAAGAAAACCAGGAAGGCCGUUGCUGCAUGAGAGUUGUGUAUAUAUACAGUUUAAAUACAUAAUUAAAACGAAUAAAGCUACUGUGUGAAUUACCUCCCUAUUAAAUGUAAGAAAAGUCCUCUUUUUCUGUAUAUGUUUGUAGGAUUAUAACA